UAUGAAAGUUAUGAAGUAAAGAAUAUGAUGAAUGAGUUUUGGAAGUGGAACAGCUGAUAAACAGGAAGACUGAAUGAAAAACAUCUCAUUUGGCAGGCAUGUUUGACAGUAAUUCUUCCACCCUCAUGUCAUCCUUGCACCUCUUUCUUAUGUCCUCAGAGGGAAGAGCUAAAAUGCAAGAAAAGUAUGCAAGUACAUGAAACGAAUAUGAUUAAUUAAAGAUAUGAGAGCCAAUCCUGAAAUGAAAGUAAAUUGGCUUGGUGAGUGCAAAAAAGUGAGAUCAGUGAGGAAUAACUAUGGAAACCAUUUCAGUGUAUAGGAGACUGAGACCUCUGGAGCAGGAGGCAGAACUGGCUGGCGUAGAUAUGACAUAUAUGGUAGAUACAUAACUCUAGAUCAGGGUGGCGAACUCCAGUCCUGGAGGGCCGGAGCCCAUCACAGUUUGAUAAUUUUCCUCCUCAAAUGCAUGUGUUCCAACUCAGCACCUAGUUGCCAAGUUUAGUAGAUGUGUUUCAGAGCAGGAAAAUCACCAAACUAUGCUGAACACCACUGUAGAUCAAUGGUUCUCAACCUGGUCUUCAGCAGCCUCCAGAUGGUCCACAUUUUUGCUCUAACAUAACUCGCAGCACAUAGGGAUAAAGGAAAAUUGUGGACCAUUCUGAGGGCCCUGGGGACUGAGUUGGGAACCACUGAUAGUGAUUAUCUGAAACAUUGAAAUAGUCUGUUUGAGACUAGUUCAUCCAGAAUUUACCAGGCGUAUUACAAAAUGUUUCUAAUGAAAAUUUCUUGUAUUUUAGGAUCUUUUGACUUGAUCUUGCUUUUCAGUGGAGCAGAAACAACAGUGAAAAUGGGAAAUCAUAACUCAACACAGUCUGAUGAUAGAGACCCUUUAAUGGACUCUAAAGAGAAAGAGAUACAGGAUUUCUCUCUUUUUGAGGAGCUGAAUCUUGUGGUCAUUGGCAGUCACUGUGCUGGGAAAAAUGAAGUGGCCAAUGCUAUCCUUCAAAAGAAAACCUUCAGAGUUUGGGGGAAAUUUUGUAACUACCAUAUAAAGAACGGUGGAGAAAUAUGUAAAAGAAAGAUUAAAGUGAUCCGUGCCCCUGGAUGGAGUGGAGAUCUGCAUACAUCGGUUGACAAGCAAAAACAAACAAAGAAACAGAUUGUGUAUUCUGUGCAGUCCCACUUUGAAAAAGGACCUCAUGCGGUACUCUUAGCACUCGAUGUGGACUCAACCAUCACAGAUACAACCAUCAAGACAUUAGAAAACCUUCUAACUCAAGAACUUUGGGACCAUACAAUAGUGAUGUUUACUCAUGGGGAAAAACUUAAAGACAUUACUAUUAAUGACCAAAUCAAGGUUAACCAACUGCAAAGGUUCAUUGAGAGAUGUGGCAAAAGAUAUUACAUUCUUCAAAAGAACAGCACCUGGAGAAAACAGAGUUCAGAGUUGGUUGAAACAAUUGAGUACUUCAUCGCAAACAAAGAUGCUUCUGUUCUGUUUAGCCUGUCAGAUGGAGAAGGUGCAAAAACGAAUGACCUCAAACAGAAGAAAUCUCUGAUAAAAAGACUUAAAAACAAAAUCAACAAGCUCAGAGAAUUUAAAAAUACAUUGUCCUCAAACAGGACCCAGGAUGACUCUUAUCAGCAUCUGAUUGAUUCUAAAGAUGCUGAAAUUAGAAGACUAGAAGCAGCUCUCCAGAAAAGAGAAGAAGAGUUUUGUAAAUUAGAGAAAAGAAUGCUGAACUACAGGCCUCAGUGGCAACAUCCAGAUGUGUUGAAUGUGAAAGAAAAGAUGAACAGAUACGUUUGCUACUGGAAAAAGUCUCCAAGCCGAAGGAUGAGAAACUUACACACAGCAACACAGCCACACCUGCUCAAAGUCAAAAUGUGCACAGAAGCAAAUUUUCUAAACUGAAGUCAAGGGACUGGUUGCAUCAAAAACAGUCAUCACCCUGCCACUCAUUUGAAAUGUGGAGGCUGACUUCAGCAAAAAUUAUUUCAGAAGAUGAAGGACAUGCAGCAAGUGAAUCUUACAUAGAUUCAUCAUCAGAUGAUGAGAGACCUCAUGCAAGUGAAUCUCAUAGAGAAUGGUCAUCAGAUGAUGAGGGACCUUGGGCAAGUGAAUCACACAGAGGACCCCACAAAAAACUACAUCAGAUUUUCUACGUGGCUGGACAUAUAAACUCAACAGCAUCAUGGAAGAACUAACCGAGGACCAGUUCAAAAGGAUGGUUUACUUGAUGCAAUUUCGAGAUACAUGGAGAAUCCCUGCUGGUCAGUUGGAUGGCCAAGACAGAGCUUCAGUCACUCAGCUUCUCGUUCAAAAAUGGGGUGAACACCAGUGCAUUAUCAAUACCAGAGAUAUCAUGAAGAAGAUCCCACGCAAUGACUCGGUCAUACGAGAUCUAUUCAUGCCAUUUCUGGAACACAUUGGUGAAACAUGGUAACACUGUCUCAGACAGCAGUGUUGAGUAUGCACAAGCAUAAUGGAGAAGUUUCUACAUUUUAACAAUGAAGAUGUUUUGGUACUUGGAACUUUUUAUUUCAUACUUUCUCUGUAACAACAUUGAGAAACCUUUUCAUUCUAACCAACCAUAUGCAUUAUAAGUAUUGUUCAUAACCUGUUAUAUUAUCAGUGCCGAAGAUGUCAGUCCCAGUUUGCAGAGUGGAUUAUGACUAACAAACCUGCCCAUUCUUAACCACUCACAGAAUUGAUUUGUCAUUGUGGAUAUAGAAUGUUACUGAUAGACACAUGAUAUUAGAACCCCAUUAUAAAAGCUUGUAAGAUGUAUUUGUCAGCUCUAAAUAAAGUGAGACAUAUGGUUUUUAUGCCAUAGCAUUUUCAAUAUUUAAUUUCACACCUGCCCAUAUGUCCAAUAAUUAAAAAAAAAAAAAUUAAAACUGGAGCGGUUGUCCUGCCUAGAAGAACACUCGUGGUUUUUAACCCCAAGCACAGUGCAGAAAAUAGUUACAGAGGUAAAAAAUUACCCCACGGAUCACGGUUUGAGAUUUGUAGGAGAUAACAGCAUUUUGGGGUCACCAAGUCUCUAAAACUACAUUAGAUGGCACCUCAGUUCUAAUAAACAAUUUAAAUGGAGAGCCACAAUGAAACCUUUUCUUUUCUGUAACCUUAAAUAUAAGCACCCAGAGUUUGCAAGACACUACUAGAACUUUGACUGGAACCAGGUUCUAUGUUCAGGAAAGACAAGCAUUGAACUUUUGGCAAAAACACCCAGGGUAGGUUUGGCAUAAAAAGAAGGAUGGUUAUACAGAAAAGAACUUCAUCUUCACAAAUAUGGUAUUUGCAUUUUUAAAUUUUUCAUUGUCUCAAAAUGUUCAUUAGUAUGAACAAAACUGACCCCUUCUCUUGACUGUAAAUCAUGUUUAAAUUGUAACACUGAAACACUGAAACAUCUUCUGUUCUCUGAGAGAAUGUGACAUGACUCAAAUAUUAAUGGCAAUAUCAACUAAGUAAAAUUAAAUUAAACUCAGCAGUCAACCUAAGUGAGUGUUCUGUUUUCUUUAUAUUUUAGCUCAUUAUU